AUGGCAAGAACCCAAGGAGUUAAGUCCUCGUCUCUGUCAGACCGCAAGAGAGCCCCAAAAGAGACCCCUGUUCAAAGCUCCAUGUCCGAGCCUCCGCGACCACUAGUCGUCCCACCUCCGGUUGAGGACACACCAUUGAGUCCUCCGGCAAGGAGCUAUCAGACAAGGUCAAGUAGCCAUCCCCCAAAGAAGAAAGCCACGGUAUCAGAGCCAGAGCUAAUUGACUUAUUAGAGCCGUCUUCAGAGCCUCCAUCAAAGCCGCAACCAUCUCAACCGCCACCCACACAGUCUCAGAUUCCCUCAUGCAUGACUCCUGAGGUGCUUAUCAGGCGUCCCAUGGUCACUCAGAUGCCCAUUGAGGAGAAGGUCCAUAGCAAGAAGCUGCUCAGAGCGGAUGCAAUUCCACUUCUUUUCCCCAGAUUGCUAUGUCAAAUUUUGGAGCACUUGAGGUACCCAUCAGAGCCUCAGCUUGAGCGCAAAUGCAUUUUCCGAGAGAUAUUCACUCUCGACAAAUGGACGAGUAUGACAGCCUAUAGUGCAGAGCAGGGAGCCCCAGCUGGAGCAGAGCAUCUAGAUAUUCCACAUCCAGAGCAGCCAGAGGAGCCACAGCCGGUUGAGAUACCAGCUGACAUGAGAGCACCUGCCCCUAUAAUGCCUUCUACAGAGCCUAUACCAGAGGUUGCACCCUCUGCUCCUCCUGCCACACCACGGACUCCCCCUGUUAUUCCAGCUACAUCAGAGCCCUCUUCUUCAUCUGAGCCUAGGAUUGCCAUAUCCAUUUCCGAGUACAGAGGUCUAUGUCACACUUUGCAAACAUUGACCACUUCUCAUAGCAUCCUUGCUCAGGAGAUGACAGCUCUUCGUGCUCAUCAGGAGCAGAUUAUCGCCACUCAGACUCAGCAUACUGCCAUCCUGACGCAGAUUCAGCAUCAUCUGGGUAUUCCAUCAGCUCCUGAGCACCCCAUGCCUGUCCUCUCAGAGCCCACAGAGCCAUCACAGGCCCCUCCUUUCGUGGAGCACACUAUGCCCUCUGAGGAGCCGACUACAGGAGAUGCAAAGACAUCCACCUGA